AUGAGUGAAAAGAUAGAGGUGGAAAAAAGCUUUGCAAAAAGUUUUUUACAUAAUUUAAGUCAAAAACCUAUUCGUUAUAAAGAUGAUUAUAAUUUACCUCUUUCUUCUUUAUCUCAAAUUCCACCAGAAAUAUAUCAACAACCUAUUCCGCUUCCAGAACGUCGUAAAGAAAAGCUAUGUGUUGAUGGAAAAGACGAAAUUUAUAUUCAUUUAAAACCCUUAAGAGGAUCUAAAAUUGACAUAAAUAUUAUGAGUAAUAAGAAUGAAACAAUUCUUAAUAUUAAGGAAAAGAUAUUAAAAACUCUUGGAGUAGAAUUAUCUCAAAUUAAAUUAUUAAAUAAAGGAAAAGUACAAUCAGAUAUGAAACGUAUUUUUGAAAUAUUAGAGCCUGAGCAGAAACAAUUGAUGUUUCAUGUUAUGAUUAUGGAAAAGAAACCAUGUGAGGGAAAUAAUGAAUUUUCUUUAAAAGCAUCUAAUGAGUCAAUAAUUAAUAAAAAUUCAGAAACAUUAAAUUUACAAUUAGACAGUUUAUUUUGGGAAGAUUUAAAAUCGUUUUUAUUAACAAAACUUGAUACAAAUGUAUGUGAUAAGGUCUAUAACAUUUUUAAAGAUGCAUAUGUUUCUGAAAUAAAUUUAUAA